AUGAAUAUCCUUGGGAAAAUCGGCAGAGUGUUCCUAAUAGUAUUGAAUUCCUUAUUUUUGAUACUAGGAAUAGCAGCUUUUAUUGGCGGUAUCGUGUUCUACAACAACAGUGGCGCCACCGGUCCAAAUGUCGCGGAAGUGAUGAACCAGAUCACAAUCGGGAACUUCACACUCGCUAAUCUCGUCAAACUCAUCGCCGGACUCUUCAUCGCUGUCGGAGUCAUCAGCGUUAUCGUUGCUGUCGUCGGAAUAAUUGGGGCAUCGAAACAGCAGAGAGCGCUCCUCAUAAUCUACGCUGUCGUCGUUAUCAUUGUCAUCAUCAUGGAAUUAGUCAUCGCCGGCGGGGUGUCCCAGAUGAAAAACGAUCUGAAUUCAACAGUGAAGAGGAGGAUGUUAGAACUUCUUCGACCUUACGAAGGUAACCAAGGCGGUGCCCUCACCUCAGCCUGGAACUGGCUCUUCAUGACUUUUGACUGUUGUGGUGUGAAUCCUUUGAUCCAAACAAACGACAUGAUCUACACCUUCUGGUGGCAGAACUUCAACCGGGGUGUAGACCAGAUUCCCGGAUUCUGUUGCAGAGACGCCAAUCCCCAGAAUGCACAGUUCAACGCCCGCCAGGCUUGUACGAUCGCACCGACCCCUCUCAACUCCUUCGUGGAUAGAGGAUGUUUUGACGUCAUGUACCAGAUACUGAAUAAAUACAACGUCGAGGCCAUCAUCGGAUGUAUCCUAUUUUUACUGGUUGAGAUUGCCGCGUUUGUGUUUGCCGUCCUUAUGGCUCGUCAAAUCGGCCGCAACGCCAGUAAGAAGAAUAUCACGUGA